AUGUCCUCUGAGCUGGAGGAGGGAGAGAUUCCUGCUGGAGACGACGGCCCAACUAUCACACCAGCAUCUGUGCCGACGCGCCGCAACGACAACAGCGCCGAACACCUCACCGCUACCGCCACCCCCCAGGAGCGCUUCGCAGCCAACGUACUUCGCCACCUCGGUGUGACCCUCGAGCCGCCCCAGACCAACAAGACCCCCAACGACGUCUUGGUACAACCCACCCAUCGCACCUCCCUAUCUCGUCCUGCUGCUGCUGCUGCUGCUACUACUCCCGCCACAACGUCAAUCAACUACAACAACAACAACAACAACAACAACAACAACAACAACAAGGAGGAAAGAACCCUCCGUGACGUUAUCGACGAGAUGCUCGGCCAGCCCGAGACCCCGCCACGCGACGCCCCGGCCAUGGACCAGCUCAAGUACGAGUGCCUGCGCCGCGGCAUGCACCACCCGACCUUCGACCUCCACGAGGCGGGCGGCCGCGUCCGCUGCACCAUCGGGGCGACCAAGACCCUUGCCAACGCCCUCGUUGCCCCGGACAAGGAGGACGUCUCGGCUAACAUCGACUGUGUCUUUACCGAUGCCGAGAGCGCCAAGGAAUACGUUGUCGAUCGGGCCCUGCAGGCUGUGCGGACUUGGCCCGUUGGCGAUCCCAUCGCCGUUGCUGCUGGAAACGGCGUUCCGCACCGCAGCAAGGACGUUACGACGAAGGAGAAGAAGAAGAAGAAGAAGAAACAUAAGAGCAAGAGCAUGGCCAAGGACAAGGACAAGGAGGAGGAGGAAGAGGAGACAGAGGAUGGCAAGGACAUGGAGGAGAAGAAAAAGCAGAAAGACGAGGUCGCGGCGGCUUCACAACUAGUCGUCGGCUCGGGCGUCGUCGACAUGAGUGACCCGAUCCAGGCGCGUGCCUACGUCGAGGGCUUCCGCAUGGGCCAGCUUGUGAGCGCCAAUGAGCGUCGUGCAGUUACGCCUGCUGCUACUUCUUCUGGUGUUGAUGCCGCCGCCGCCGCCCUUCAUUCUUCUGAUCGUUCUGCUGGUCUUGAUGUCGCCGCCGCCGCUGCUGGUCACAAGCAUGCUCGCCAGCCCUCCCCGUCUCGUCCGCGACUCCUUUCCAUCGGCGAUUUGCGCCGACGCAAACAGGAGCGUCGACGCAGAAAGGAGCUUCGACGCAUCCGUUAG